GAAAGCUCUGGUCACUCGAUCGUUCUACACUUGGAAGCUGCUUCACCGGUACUCACAGAACAUUCCAUCAGCGCUCGCUCUUUUUGAGUCAUAUUGUCAUAUGAAAAUACCUCCAUGACCUGCCCACGCGGGCUUCCGAGGAUUCUCGCAGGUAUGUAGUUCCCGGAGGAUAAAAAGGCAACCAGCUGUCGGUCCUCUCUCAAUCAAAAGAUUCAACUCUUAUCCACGACGUACAAGAUGUCUCCCACUCCCACUCAAAACAGUUCCAGCGAGUACCGCAUUACUUCUGUGCAACAUGAGAAAUACCUUGGUGAUGACCAGGCUGGCGGCGUGCUCCCUCCCUACCCAAUUGUCCUUCUUGAUACACUUAUUCUGCCUCCCAAAUUUACCGUCACAAAAAGCAACGAGAUCAACACCUACACCAUCACAGUCAAUGAGAACAUGGUCCACGAUUUAGAUGACCGUGUCGUUUCCUACAAUGAUGAAAGUACUACGGAGUGGGUUAUCAUUUUCAGGCGACACGAGAGAGCAUAUACCGUCGAGAGGAAGGUUGAAAGCGGUUUGGCAUGGACUGCUCCCGAGCUCGAGCCGGACAGACCUUCUAAUCCCCUGCAGAUUCUCCUCAAGCCCCUCGUCUGUACAUAUUCAAUCCCUCCCCAGUUCCUCCCUUCCCAGCUGUUCAAGUUUGAGUCGUAGAAAAGUGAAGUGAACAAAGGUGGAUUCGGCACUAUU